UCUGCAGCAAUUUGUGUAAAUUGUUUGAUCGACCAUCCAUUCAAGCAGUUUUAUAUUUCAACAUAUCCACGUUUGGUUAUUUACCUGAUAAACAAAUGUUCUACAAUGUAUCCAGUGUUAAAUACUUGGCCAAAACAAUUAAUUUAUCAGCAGUACCUGUUGCGAUAAGAAGAUCGUCAACGUUACAGAAGUUUAGAGAAAGGCUAAAAAAUGAUAUCGAGGAAAACAUUCUCACGGACACAUUUGGACGAUAUCACACAUAUCUUAGGAUUUCCAUCACCGAACGUUGUAAUCUUCGAUGUAGAUACUGUAUGUCUGCCGAGGGUGUUAAACUGUCCAAAAAAGAGGAUAUUUUAACAACCGAUGAAAUAAUUUACUUGGCUGAUCUAUUUGUUAAGGAAGGGAUCCGGAAAAUACGUUUAACAGGUGGUGAGCCAACCGUUCGCAAAGAUAUCGUAGAUAUUGUUGCUCGAUUAAAGGCACUAAAGGAGUUGAAACAGCUUGGAAUGACAACAAAUGGCAUAACAUUGAUUCGACAAUUACCUGCCCUUCAGAGAGCAGGUCUAGACAUGUUGAAUAUUUCAUUAGAUACUUUAAAAAAAGAUCGUUUUGAACAAUUCACUCGCAGAAAAGGCUGGGAAAGAGUUAUGGCAUCCAUUGACUUAGCGAUACAACUUGGAUACACGCCUGUCAAGAUCAAUUGCGUAGUAAUGAGAGGAUUCAAUGACGAUGAAUUAGUAGACUUUGUCAGUCUCACAAAAGACAAACCUAUUGAUGUUCGUUUCAUUGAAUAUAUGCCAUUUGACGGCAAUGAAUGGAAGGAAAAUAAAAUGGUUUCAUUCAAUGAAAUGAAGGGUAUAAUAAGAAAACAAUUCCCAGAUUUUCAUUCGCUGAAAAAUGAACCAAAUGAUACAUCAAAGGCAUAUGGAGUACCUAACUUCCAAGGGAGAGUAGGGUUUAUUACGUCAAUGAGCCAGCAAUUUUGCAGUUCUUGUAAUCGUUUGAGAAUAACGGCAGACGGCAAUUUAAAAGUAUGUCUUUUCGAUGGAAAAGGAGAAGUAUCAUUAAGAGAUGCACUUAGAAACAAUGCUUCCGAAGAAGAAUUGAAAAAUCUAAUAAGUGGCGCCGUGUCACGUAAAAAGAAGCAGCAUGCAGGGAUGUUCAAUCUGUCUCAAAUGAAGAAUAGACCGAUGAUCUUAAUAGGAGGUUAAAUGAAUUCAGUAAAAAUUACGUGCAUGAAUUAAGAUGUUUUAAUUUUUUACGUGUAUCAAACAUUCUUGACGAACCAACAAGGAUGUACUCUUCUUUAACACACGUGGACGCCGAUACUGGGAAAGCAAAAAUGGUAGACGUCGGAUGGAAGAAUGUGACCGAACGAACGGCAAAAGCAACAGGAAUGGUGAAAGUGGGACCAGUCAUUAGUAAAUUAAU